UCCUGACUCUCUGUGACCUCUUUCCUUUGUGACAGAUGAGUGUGGAGAGUGAUGACAAGCGAAGCACACGCUCCAAGGGAAUCAGAGUUCCCAUAGAGCUUGUUGGACAAGAGCUGAGCUGCCCCACCCCUGGAUGCCAUGGCUCUGGCCACAUCAGUGGGAGAUAUUCACGACACAGAAGUGUGCUGGGCUGCCCCUUGGCCAGGAAGCGACGCCUGGCAGACGCUGAGGCAGAGCAGGACCAGCCCUCCUCUAAAAGGAAGUCCCACCCUCUAAAGCUGGUCAUGGACGAGGGCUUCGGCAUGGACAGUGAUGGGAGCAGCGAAGAGGUAGAGGAGGAGGCCAAAGAGGAGGACGAGAAGGAGGAGAAGACAGAAGAGCUGACCCAGGAACAGCCACAGCAGGAAGAAGAAACCGAGGAGGAGCAGAAGGAAAGGGAGGAGGAGAACACAGAUCAGGAGGAGGAGGAGAACACAGAUCAGGAGGAGGAGGAGAACACAGAUGCAGAUGAAGCAGCUCAGGGACCAGCCACACAGAGGGAGAGAGAAGAGCACAGAGCCAGGACUACAGAGGAUUACAUCUCCCACAGGACCAGCCACCUAGAGAACUACAACCCCCACAGGACCAGCCCACUGGAGAACUACAAUCCCCACAGAGUCAGCCCCUUACAGCACUACUCCUCUCAUAAGGCCUCAGCAGCCUCUGACAUCAUCGAGGUGCGUUCAGAGGAUUCGGGUAGGGACUACGAUGAAGAAGAUGGUGAGGAGGAGGAAGAAGGUGACAGUUUGUCUCAGAGGUGGACAGAUGAGUCAGAGAUGUAUGAUAUGACCCGGGGCAACCUGGGGCUCCUGGAGCAGGCCAUCGCCCUGAAGGCAGAACAGGUGAAGGGGCCCCGCGACCUCCUCCUCCUCCGUCACCCCGUCGUCACCCCGGAGCUCCACCACCGCUACUUCACCAUGGACGACCGGCCCAAACACCUGGACACCAUGCGCAAGAGCUACUUCAGCGGUAAAGCUGUCUCUACAGAGGGCAGCAGGCCAGAGAAGAGGGAGAUCAAAUGCCCCACCCCUGGCUGUGACGGGACUGGUCAUGUUACCGGACUCUACCCCCACCACCGCAGCCUGUCUGGCUGUCCUCACAAGGACAGGAUCCCCCCUGAGAUCCUGGCCAUGCAUGAGAACGUGCUGAAGUGUCCGACUCCAGGCUGCACCGGUCGCAGGCCAUGUUACACAGCAACCGCAACACCCACCGCAGGUGGUGUGGGCUAUCGUGCGUGUGGUGGCAUGGGUGGUGUGGGCUAUCCAAUGGUGGUGGUGGUUGGUUGGUGUUGGGCUAAGCAUGGUGGGGUGGUUGUGGGGCCUACCAUGGUGGUGGUGGUGGUGGUGAUGGGAUACCGUGCGGUGGUGGGUAGGAGUGGUGUGGUGGUGGUGGUGGUGGGGUGGUGGUGGAUGGUGUGGUGCUACGUGGGUGGGUCGGUGGUGUGGCCCAUGUUGCUUUGUGAAGCGCUGGAAGUACCUCACUAUGGGCAGUACAAGCCCACUAUGGUGCCUGCCACACCUCGUGCCAACCUGGCCAAGGAGCUUGGAGAACUAAACUCUCGUCCCCCAAGUCUCACUGUCUCCCAGCCUCAGCCUGCAUGGCAGGUUUUGGAAAAGACUGCCUCCUUCUUCGCCUACGACUACUCCCAUGAAGCCCAGGCAGCCCACAUGGCUGCCAAACGCCACCGCUAUCCUAAACCUAGCAUGGACAUCGASGUGGACGAGAAUGGGACUCUUGACCUGAGCAUGAAGAAGCCCGUCAAACGUGAGGGCACCAGCCCUGGGGUAUGUUCCCCGGACCCCUCCUCUUCCUCUUCCUCCCUGCACCACGGAGGCAACAGUGGCAUGACCUCGCCCCACACGGGCCACGCCUACAAACAGGAACACUGGGAGGAGCCUCUGGACUACACCAAACCCAACCGCCAACGGGAGGAGGAUACAGAGGAGAUGGAGCACCACACAGCGCGGUCAUUUGCCUCGUCCGACCCUGAGGACAUGGACCUGAUGCAGGACUACCCCGAGGAGCGGAAGUACCCUGGAGAGGUCACCACCCCAAACUUCAAGGUCCAGUUCCAACAGCCAAAGGAUUGCAAGAAAGAUGUGCUCCUGUGCCCCACUCCUGGCUGUGAUGGCAGUGGCCACAUCACUGGAAACUAUGCAUCCCAUCGCAGUCUGUCUGGGUGUCCUCUUGCUGAUAAGAGUCUUCGGUCCCUCAUGGCGACCCACUCUGCUGAACUCAAGUGCCCCACUCCAGGAUGUGAUGGUUCAGGACAUAACACUGGAAACUACGCCUCCCACAGAAGUUUGUCUGGGUGUCCGCGUGCCAAGAAAGGUGGAUUAAAAACAUCUCCCACCAAGGACGACAAGGAGGACUCCGAGCUCUUAAAAUGCCCUGUGCCUGGCUGUGACAGCCUGGGUCACAUCAGUGGGAAGUAUGCCACUCAUCGCAGUGCCUAUGGGUGCCCGCUGGCUGCCCGCAGGCAGAAGGAGGGGCUGCUCAACGGUAACCCUUUCUCCUGGAAGGCCUUCAAGACAGAGGCCCCUACCUGCCCCACCCCCGACUGCGAUGGAUCAGGACACGCCAACGGCAGCUUUCUCACACACCGCAGUCUCUCUGGCUGUCCCAGAGCCUCCUUUGCCAAGAAGAAAGCCAAGUUCCCUGGAGAGGAGUACCUGAGCACCAGGUUCCGGGCCAGUGACGUUCUGGAUAAUGACGAAGACAUCAAGCAACUCAACAAGGAGAUCAAUGAGCUCAAUGAGACCAACAACGAGAUGGAGACAGACAUGGUGAACCUGCAGACACAGAUCUCAUCCAUGGAGAAGAACCUGAAGAACAUUGAGGUGGAGAACAAGCUGAUUGAGGAGCAGAACGAGGCUCUCUUCAUGGAGCUAUCUGGCCUCAGCCACGCCCUGAUCCGCAGCCUGGCCAACAUACGUCUCCCACACAUGCAGGAGCCAAUCACUGAGCAUAAUUUCAACAGCUACUUGAGCACCCUGACUGACAUGUACACCAACAAGGAGUGCUUCCAGAACCCAGAGAACAAGGCGCUGCUGGAGAGCAUCAACAAGGCUGUGAAGAGCAUCAAGGUGUAAAAACCUCCAACGAGGGAAAAAGAGUGAAAACACGUAAAAGGAGAGGAGAGAUGGAGUCAAGAGACCACAGUAUAUUUACCGAGAAUACAAAUACAAAAAGGGCAUUCAGGUUUUAUAAACGACAACUUAAAUUAAACCCAGGGAGCAUUCUGAAAAGAAGAAAAAACUGAACUAGGACCAAAAUCCAAACAUGCUGCUGCUGGGAUCGGAAGGAGGAAGUGGAACGGAAUCAAAUCCUUCAGUUUGAAUUGAUGAACAAAUAUCUAUAUCUGGGGGGUUGUUUGUUUUAUGUUUGUCGUUUUCAUGUCUGUCCUGUUUUGGAGGUGUCUCGUUGACUGUCCCGAUGUAUACUGUAAUUCAAGCUUUAGUUCAGCAACAAUUUGGAGAAGAAAGAAAGAUGGAAGUAGUGGGUCUGACCUGCCUACGUGAAGUGAAGAAACCCGUUGAGGAAAUAACAAAAACCAAGCCGAAAAAACGCCAACAUUGUGUCCUAGGGAAGACACUAAGGCUUCAAGAAAGGUUUGCUCUGGGGCAGGAUAAGGAGAGCGUGCUUGUGAGCGCUGCAGCAACCCCUAUUGAGGAGAAGCAAAUGGAGAAUCACUGGACUCUGAGGUCUUCUUGAGCAAUGGUUCAUGCACUUAUUGUUGUUACUACUGCAGCAAGAUGUCAACACGGCUCUACGGCUCAAUUCAGCGGAACAACUCUUCAGAUGAAGAUGAAGUCACAAAUCACUGGGGAAUUUUUCUCUUCUGAAAAUCAACAGUACAGCCUGUACUAUAUUUGUAAUGGAACAACUGGUGUAUGAGAGCAGCAAAUGCAGCUUUUUUUCUUUGAACUGAAUGACAAUAGUAAUGGUCAAUUCCAGUUAGUCAUAUCAAUAGUUUUUAUGAAGAUAGAAAUUUCACUUCAUUUCAAUGAAUAGUUUGUGGUACAAUAAUUCUUGUUAUAUAAAUUAUAAAACAUUUGUGAAUGCUCAAAAUUGUAAUUUAUUGCCAUUUUAUGUUAAACUACUUGUAUUUAUUUAAUGUUAUCUAUUUAUUAACUUUAUUUUAUUGUUUUGUGAAACACAAAAUGCAACCCUGCUGGUCUAUCAUGGCCAUAAAGAUUUAAAACAGGGAGUCUUCUACAUCAAUAUUUAAAAAUCUAUAUAGAUAACUGUUCACACUUAAUUAUUUUAUAUAUCUUAUUUUAUUUUAAAUAUUUUUUUUUACAUUUUUAAGUGCAGAUAUUUUAUAACUGACAAAGUUUUGAUAAUUUUAUAAAACUGUUUUCAUUUCUGUUAUUUCUGUUAUGAUAAAGUAUCUUCAGAAAAUCCACGGCUUAAAAAGAAAGUAUGUAUUUAUUAUUUAUUUAAUAUUGAAGAAAUUGACUGUCAUAUGGUUGUAUAUUUAUUUAGUCAUUGCUGUGUGUGCUGUGAUGGCUGAGUCUUAGUAGUCUUAAAAUCCAUUGCUAAUAUUUAAAUAAAGAAAAAAACAUGGUCCGAAAGAAAAUAAUAGAAUAUUGUUUGAUUUGCUUUCAUAGAUAUACCAGCAGUUGUUCCUAAGCAGAAUAACCAACAAAAGCAGUCACUGUUCUGUUGGUAUCAGAUUGUCUUUGUGUCAGCAAGGAAUUGUUUGCGUUUUGUCAGGAAAAAUAAGACCAAGAAAGUAGAAGGAUAAAAUGUUUCUUCCCAGAGCGCUUUGUAGUGGCCAACACUGGCUAACCCAAAACAUCUUUAAUGUACCAGAGAUGUUUUAAUGCCUUUUGAUCAAAUAUUUUUCUCUGUUUAUUCUUUUCUCUAAAUGUCUUGGGCAGAAGCUCCAUAGAGCUCUGUUCCAGUGUGUUCUAGAGCUCUGUUCCGGUGUGUUCUAGAGCUCUGUUCCAAUGUGUUCUAGAGCUCUGUUCCAGUGUGUUUUAGAGCUCUGUUCCAGUGUGUUCUAGAGCUCUGUUCCACUGUGUUCUAGAGCUGUUCCAGUGUGUUCUAGACUAGAUGUCUGGGUCUAGAACACUUUAAGGAAAAACUAAACCAUCAAGGAGAAUGACAACUAAUAUCAGAUCCACUUCUACGCCCAUGUAGCCUUAUUUUAGAUUUCAUUUGUUGAUGCACAAAGUGCCACAAAACCCUCACUUUCUUUCCUGAUUCUUUGCAUUCUGCAAUGUACAAUGUCUAGUCACGUGACAUGACCAGGGCAUCAGAACGAGAGUUGGGAUUGUUUCAGAUGCCUUUGUUUCUUUGCCAAGAUGGCCAUAAGUACACUGUAUAUACAUUCUGUAUAAAUAGAAUUUUAAAAGCUAUAUGAAUAGAAACAUGCAUAUAUUUUUCCAGUGUAAUUGUUGCCUCUUUUCCUCUUCUGUUAGCCUAUCAGAGGAACUACACUUGUCUGGGAGUUGUGACGAAUAGAGGUGGAUAUGACUGUGGAUUUUUAGGUUUCCUUUUCUAUGGAUUUCUCUCUAUCUUUGAUCCAGACAUGGUGAAAAUGCUAACGCAUGUUGUAGUGAAUCUGAAAUGCUAAUGUAUGUUGUAGUGAAUCUGAAAUGUGUGUAAUCUUAACUAAAUGGUUGGCUCUUUG